UCGCAGAUCCUCAGCGGAUUUCACAAAUCUCGAAACUUCUUGGUCCCAGUCAGGGCAGGGACCUUGAGAGAAUACUGGUACAGCUGUGGUCUAUCAUAGAUAUUCCUACCGACAACAGUCUCCCCGUGAAUAUUUACCACUCAUCCAUUCGUGACUAUGUCUCCCACCGUCCAAACUGCAGCCUCCCUCAAGUACAAUAUACCGCUUCACCUCGAUUGCUCGGCCCCGCUGAAUGCGCUCUCGGAAUUGAAGAAGCAGAGUCAAGCUAUGGAACCCCACGACCCACAGAGUUUGACACAAUCAUUAUCAUUCAUCGUCCGGCCGCCGGAGUUAAUGCAGGGGCUUAUACAUCUGCUAUGGCAUCGGGGAAAUCGCAAUUCAGAGCUACAAUUCUGGCUAGAAAUUCUGGACGGGCGAGCUUGGCUGCAGACUCAAGGAGGGAAAGACUGGUUGCUCACCCAGGGGGGGAAGGACUGGUUGCUCGCCCAGGGAGGGAAGGACUGGCUACAGACCCAGGAGGGGAAGGAUUGGCUAGAGGCCCACGGCGGGCAUGACUGGCUGCAGACCCGGCGUGGGCAAGACUGGCUGCAAACCCAGCCCGGGCAAAACUGACUGCAGAUUCAGCCCGGGCAAGACUGGCUGCAGACCUACAGAGGGCAUGACUGGUUGGACACCCACGGUGGACAAAAAUGGC